UUCAAACAGAUGAAACAAAACGAAUACACUCAAGGAGGUGAAAUAUAAGAUAAUAAAAUAAGUAUGAUUAUUAAAUAAGAAAAAAGGAGUGACAGCAUAUGUGGACAAGAAAUGCUUAUAACACUGGUGUCCCGUUCAAGUAAAAUUAUGGAAAUAAUUAUUCUGGACAGAAUCUUGAGACGCAAGCUGUUUACAAUCUUGAGUAUGAGCGGGAUCACAGUGUCAAGCUGGUCCCAAAGCUUCCCCUGAAUGUCUGGCUUCUCGUCGUUUCCGAAACAAAACAGUAAAGAUAAUCCUCCUCCACGCCAUCACGAAGACGAAUUAUUGUAGUGAAGAUCAGUAGUGCGGGGAAUAUCACACCAUGCUGGGUCGGGAUGUGCACGCGUUCCUUGAGGAGGCUGGCUGCUGCAGCCGGUGCACCCUUAUCUUCCUUGGGACGCGCUCAGACGACUUGUACGGAGAUUUGUCAAAGAUAUAUGAAGCCACAGAGACUGCUGUCAGCAGACUCAAUGGCCAGAGUGACGAGGUUCAGAAUUCAAGACAAAACUCUGGCACCUCAGAAACCACAGCAGGGAGUAAAUGCUCAGAUGGCAUCAAAGAGAAGUGCUUAUCAAGUGAUGAGCUUGUUACAGAGAAGAGUGAUACAAAUGAAAACAGUACAAAGAAGCAGAAGUUUGCUGUUUGUGUUGCCUGCAUUGGUGUUCUUCAGUGGGGUUGCUCUGAGGAGGCCAUCAAGCAACUGAGUGAGUCUAUCAAGGAUGGUGGGCAUGAUGCUGAUGGGUUCAGUCUCUCCCUCUCCUUGCCAGCCUCCAUUAGUCUUCGGAUCCAUCGGCUCUGGACACUCCUCCUUCAAGCUCAUCCACAGUUUCCAGUCAAGGGACGAGAAGAUCACAUUGGCACAGUCAAAGAUGUUUGGAAAAAUGUUGUUGGUCCACAGUUGGGAGCUGCCACAGGAAAAGCAUUCAUUCAUGGCACUUAUCAUGAUUUUGUCUUGAAUGUUACUUGUACAUAUGUCAAUGAUUUAGAGGAUUGCAAGAUAAUGGAUGAACUAUGUCAGACAAUGUUUGCUACUCGCCAAAAACAGCACAAGAAGUAUGCCAAUAGUGUGUACUCUAAACAAGCAAUUGAUGCUGCCUUUAAGAAGCUGAGUGAUUCUGAAGUGCUAAAGGUGUGUCCUUCACCUCCCAGCACACCCAGUGAGGCAGUCACCUUUGCCAGCCUCCAGUGCCAACAAGCUCCCAUGUACAUGGCUGGUCGAUACAACAAAUACAGCAGAGACUUGCCUCAGACACCUUGGUUUGUUGAGGGUGAACGCAAGUUGGGGUCCAGUGUGCAAGAACUUAUAUGUGAUAUUCUUGAUCAAACUGUUUGUGCAGAAGAUUUAAAGUUUUCUUCAUCGGGCAGAGAAGAUGUUGAUGUGAGGUGUUUGGGGAAUGGCCGACCCUUUGUUGUAGAAUUCAUCAAUCCUCAGCGGACAAAACUGAGCGGGGACAAGAUCAGCUCCCUCCAGCGGACCAUUAAUAACUCCACCAAGCUGAUAAGAGUGAGAGAUCUCCAGAUUGUUGAAAAAAAAGAUCUAAAGAAUCUUAAAGAAGGUGAAGAAGAGAAGACAAAGGCUUACUGUGCCCUUUGCAUUGCUGCCAAGGGCUAUGAUAACUCUGCUCUGGAAGCUUUAUCCAAAAUGCCUCAGCUGGUGAUACAACAGAAAACUCCAUUGCGUGUCUUGCAUCGCCGUCCUCUUGCCACCCGUGCCCGAACCAUUCUCAGUAUGAAGGCUCAUCCAGUAGACCAACACUUUUUCAAGCUACACCUCACCACUCAAGCUGGAACGUAUAUCAAGGAAUUUGUGCACAGUGACCUUGGGCGUACUGUUCCAAACCUUGGUGAAAUCAUGGGCUGUGAAGUUGACAUUAUUGCCUUGGACGUUGAGAAUGUUGCCCUUGACUGGCCUCCGAAGUGUGGUGAUUGACUUACUACCACCUUAUUUAUAAAAACAGAUGGCGCAGCAGGCGGGGGCGGAGCAGAAGAACAGGCGAAGGAGGCAGAAUAGGAAGCCGCACCCGAUGAGGCUCGGCCCGAUAAGUUGCAGCUCGGGGGACUUGAAGCCGUGCUCGCCCAUCCCCACGAAGGUGAUGAUGAGUCCUGUAGAGGCGCCAGUGUCAGUGUGAGUGUAAGAGAAUAAAAAAAGAAGGAUGUGUAAUAAGAUGGGGAAGAGAAGGGAGGACAGGGAGGUAAGGAAGAGAAGGGAGAGCAGAGAAGAGUGGGAAGAGAAAGAAGAGUAGGGGUGAGUGGGAAGAGAAGGAAGGGCAGGGACGAGUGGGAAGCGAAGAUAGGGCAGGAAUGAGUGGGAAAAGAAAAAGAGAGGGAAGAAUUGAGUGAGAAGCGAAGAAGUUAGGGCAAGGAUGAGUGGAAAGAAAAGAAGAGAGAGCAGGGAUGAGCGAGAAGCGAAGAAGAUAGGGCAAAGAUAAGUGAAAAGCGAAGAAGAGAGGGUAAGGAAUGAGUGAGAAGCGAAGAGGAUAGGGCAGAGAUGAGUGUGAGAUGUCAGGUAAGCCUCACCUAAGGAGAUGAGUCCAAGGCCAACGUACAGGACGAUGUUGACGACCCCUGUCUGGCGGUAUUUGCCGUCGGGCCGUUUCUCCAGGCUCCCACCGCCGGAAUCCCCGACCUGCAACACAUCGGGCAUCAGUUCGGAAGCAAGAGGGAGUCGAGGGAGGUUUCAAGAUAAGACGAGAGGUAGAAAUAAGUAGAUGUGUUUUCUAUGGGGACUGCUACGUGUAAUUAAAUCAAUCAAGAGGGGGGUUUGUUGUUGUUGUUGUUGUUGUUGUUGUUGCUGUUGUUGUUGCCCUUGGCCAGAGUUUCUCUUGCAUGAAA